UGCGAAGGCAACAGAGAUGUUUUAGAAGGCACACAGUGAAACUCAGUGGACUCCCUCUUGCAUUAUGUGUGUGUGUCAUUAAUCAGACUGUUUGUGCCUGUUUCUGCUCAUGCUUUCUUUUCCCUCCAGCAUGAACCAAGGCAACAGCCCCAUUUCCUUGUACAGCAUUUGUAUCGGCCUCUGUCUUUAAAAUGAUGACUGCCCCUUUGCGCCAUGGAGUGACCAUCACUGGAGCCGUCCUACUGGUGACAGGAACGCUGUGUUUCGCCUGGUGGAGCGAUGGUGAGAUGGGGGCCACCUCAUCUAGCAGCGACCCGAAGGUCAUGCUUCAUGAGGAAGCGGAACCUGUGGCAAGCUCCUCCUCUAAUGCAGUGCUCAGGUCCAUCAGUUUCUUCUGCUGUGGAAUUGGUGGACUCCUUCUCUUAUUUGGCCUCCUGUGGUCAGCCAAUGCUGGAAUAGUUUCUCGGCACUAUCAGUACCAUUUUUCCAGGGACCUUCAUUACUCCACUGUUGAUCCUCUUGAAAAGGAGACUUGCAGCCCUGUUCCUACUUAUGAAGCCAGUACUAUUCCCACUUACGAAGAAGCAUUGAGUUGCCAGCCUGCCGAAAAUGCCCUAAACUAUACACAGUCCCAUGUUUCGAAAGAAAACAGACCAUCCUUGUAUCAAGUUGUGGAUGAAAGCAACACAUGGCACAGUGGCCGUAGGCGCAGUUCCUCUGAUAGUGUCUUGUUUCAGAAUAUUUUGCCAAGGCUAGAGUCAGGACCACUGGAUGAAGCGAGCAUUGUCUGCGACACUCCACCACCAAGCUAUGAGAGUAUCAGCUUAUGCGAUGGAUGAUCCAGGGAUCCAGCUUGCUGUUGCUUAAGGAUCUCUAGAUUCGUAUUGAUCUGUCUUUUCCUUCUAUUAAGUAAUUGUGACAAGCUGGAGUAGAAAAGGGUAAAUAGCUACUACAAUAUGUAUUACCCACCCUGUUGUCUUUUGUAGGAGUUGAUGCCAAAUUAUGAGAGAAUCAUCUCUCAGCCUUGCUUUUUAGUGUGUGGCUAAUGUUUUUAGA